UAUGUUGAGUGUUCAGUUUGUGUUGAACUGCUGGAGCUAGUGGAAAAUCUCUGUCUUCUCCGGAAGAAGUUAAAAAUUCGAUUUAGGUUUUAGGGAAAAGAUUUAACUUUCAAUAUGCCACGUUUAGUGGAAUUUGGUCUAUUUUUGAUUUUAUUCGUUUCCUGUCAGCAAUUUGCAAAGGGGGCAAAAAUUCUCUUACUCUUUCCACAUGCCAGUGAAAGUCAUUUUGCGGUGAUGAGGACUUUGGUCACGGAACUGGCCACAAGGGAACAUAAUGUAACCUUAUAUACAAGUCAUGGCCUUCAUGAGCAAUUGGAGACGGUCACAGAGCAUAUUAUCCCAGAAUAUCCAUUCUGGAGCAAAUUGCAAGAACAUGCAGCACCUAAGGGCAAACUCGAAGAUCUUGCCAAAUUACCAUUGGAAAAGUUACGCAAAUCCUUGGCUCAUGUGGGAGCCGCCUCUUUGGAUCAUUUUCUUGGUCAAAAGAAAUUGCAAACAUUACUAAAACUCUCCUACAUGGAUUUUGAUUAUGAUCUGAUCAUUGUGGAUUACUUUUAUAGCGAAGCAUUGUUAGCUUUGGGUUUUAUGCAACAAAAGCCAGUAAUGGGUAUAGUUAGUUCCGAUUUCGGACAAUAUAUGGAGGCUGUGCAAGAGUCAUUGGUGCCCACGGGAUGUUCACCCAUUGAUUUUGAAAACUAUUCACCCCAUUGGGAUUUCCUGGAGAGAUUGGGAAAUAUACGAGAGUGCAUUGCCCGGCGAAAGGAUUUCGAAAGGGAACACUAUGGAGCCCAAGAGAAACUAAUUGAAAAACAUUUCAAAGUGCAAACUUCAGUGGCGGAGCUUCAAGCCUUUAAUUUGGCCGUUUUGUUGAUUAAUAACCAUGUGCCGCUCCUGACUCCGCGUCCGUUGAUCCAGCAGAUUGUCCUGGCAGGUGGCCUUCAUAUUCGUGGACCACGCGAAUUGCCAUGGAAUGUGAAAAAGUUUCUCGAAGAAGCUCGCUCGGGAGUUGUCUAUCUCCAGCUGGGCAAUGAGCAGCCAUGUGGCCAAUUGUCCGAUGCUAAAAAGAAAAUUCUAUUCGACCUGUUUAAAUCGCGGAAACAGAGUUUCAUUUGGUCCUGCCACGAUGUAAAGAAGUUGAAGGAUUUGCCCGAGAAUGCUUUAAUUAUUCAGCAUUCAGUGCCUCAGAUUGAUAUCCUGGCGCAUCCUCGCGUACGUGCUUUCAUUAUGAAUGGCGAUUUGCUCAGCUUGCAGGAGGGCAUCUCACGAAAUGUGCCCAUGGUGGGUCUGCCAUGCUUCCAAAAUGAACAGAAAAACAUGCAAUUGGCUGUCCGCUUGGGAGUGGGUCUGCAAUUGAAUCAGGAUAAUGUCACCACACCAUCGCUUAAUUGGGCCUUGGACAGAUUACUUACCGAGCAGCACUUUCAUUUGACCAUCCGAGAUGUUAGCAUGGAGUAUAGAGAUCGUCCCUUGGGUGCCCUGGCAACGGCUGUGUUUUGGGUAAACUAUGUGGUGAGGCACAAAGGUGGUGCUGCCAUUAGGACUCGUGGUAUUGGCAUCUCCUCCAGUCAGUUGCAUCUCUUCGAUUUAUUUGUCUUUUAUUUUGGUGUGGCUGUUUUAAUUACAGCACUGGCGGCGGCUGUGUACUUUAUUGGAUUCUUUUUGUGGCAGAGAAAGAACAAGCCAGAGAAAUUAGCAAAGGCAAAUUAGAUUAAUGUGUGUAAAGAAAUUAAAAUUUGUGCCAAAGAUGCAAAAUGAA